GUGUUCAUCAAGAGUGAGCUUAAGGUUGGAGUGAUUUACGUGACCGAAGGUCAAGGAUUGGAAGAGGAGAUAUUGGACAACAACGACAAUUCGCCUCUUUUCGACGAGUUCCUGCAGAUCCUCGGCGAAAGGGUGCGACUGAAGGGCUUCGAUAAGUACAAAGGAGGCCUCGACACUGUUCACGAUUUGACAGGAUUGUAUUCGGUGUACACGAACUGGAGGAACAUCGAGAUCAUGUUCCACGUGAGCACUCUGCUUCCAUACGAGAAGCACGACUCGCAGAAGCUGCAGCGAAAACGGCACAUCGGCAACGACAUCGUCUGCGUGGUUUUCCUCGAAGCAGACAACACGUCUUUCUCCCCGGCCUGCAUCAAAAGUCACUUCCUGCACACCUUCAUCUUGGUGCGUACGUCGCCGAGGAUAAAAAGAAAGCCGACUCGCUACGAGGUUUCCGUGGUGACGAGGGACGAGGUUGGCGCGUACAAGCCGUACCUGUGGGAGCAGAGCGUUUUCGACAAAGGGCCGAUGUUCAGGGAAUGGCUUCUGACGAAGGUCGUGAACGGUGAAAGAGCGAGUUAUUCUGCUCCCAAAUUCGCUAGAAUGCAGGAGCGCACCAGGUCGCAGAUGCUGGAGGACAUCGUCGCCAAUCUGCAGAAUCACGCAGAAACUGGACAAAUCCCUAAGCCCUAUCGCAGAG